AUGCAAAAUAUAGUUAAAAAUGAAUUGGAUGAGAAUUCAAAGUAUCGUCAACAAGGUCAACCUCAACAAUUACAACAAUUACAACAAAACCAACAAACUCAAUUAACUACUCCUCCCCAACAAAGUACAACAUCGUCAACUUCAUCUCUACCGCAACAACAAGGAACUCCCCAACAGCAACAGCAACAGCAACAGCAACAACCACUGCAACCUCAAAUAUCUUCACAACCAGUACCACCCCAACAACAGCAGCAACAGCAGUAUAAUCCUUACUAUCAAAAUUAUUAUCAACCUCAACCUCCAUUACCUGCAUCUCAACCCUCCUACUAUAAUCCUGUUCAUCCUCCACCACCUCCAGGAGUACAACAACAAACUCAACCUCAAACAGCAUCAGGCUCCUUAGCUCCACCACGCUCUGCAGCUGCAUUUCCAAGAAAAAGAGCUUUAACUGCGUGCGAUACUUGUCGUUUAAAGAAAAUCAAAUGUGAUAAUGUAAGACCACGAUGUGGAUCUUGUGUGAAGAAUGGCAACUUGAAUUGUCAUUAUAGAACUGACGAUCAGCAAAAGGAUGUAUCUACAUUUGAUCCUGCUUCUAUUAAUAUCAUUGGUAAAUUAGAUGUCAUAUUAAGAGAUUUAAAAGAUAUUAAAAAACAUUCUGGAAUAACCGAAUCAUCAUCCCAAGAUGAUCCAAUUUUAGGGGAUGGGAAAAUAAGACCUCAAAGAGCAUCUGAUUUUAAAUUUGAUGAUUGUUUUUGGGAUAUGUCACUUACAUCUAUAUUAAAAUGGAAUUCAUUUCGACAAUAUACUGGUGAAACGUCUGAAGAAAUUGGCCUAGUUAUAAAUCAAUUGGUUAAAGAUUACAAUACUGAUGAUGUAGGACCUUUUAGAAAGGCAACUUUAUUUGAAAGAUUAGAAUUAGCUAAAAAUCUUGAAGUGUUAAUCCGAGAAAACUUAUCUGCUAUUAUAAAUUCAUUCUUUGUCAAUUGUUAUACCAAAACUCCAAUCUUGGAUACUUUGGAAAUCUUUGAACUGUUGGAAAUUUUCAAAUGUUUAAUGAGUUACGAUCCAUCAAUCACUCUAGUGAAAUUAUUAGAAGAUUAUGAACCUAAUACUCCUAGUGAUCAAAUCCCUGAAUUUGUCAUUGAUGCUUUAAAAGCUGCUAAUCUUGAAGAUACUCCAUAUCGUAGAUUGGCAUAUAAAACAUUAUGUGAAUCAAUUCCAUUAUUUUUAACUAUUUGUGCCUUAGGUAUAAUCUCCACCAGUAUUCAAUUGGAAAAUUUAUCUAAAUUCAAUUCAUCAACUGAAGAAAAGGAAAGUACCAUACUUGGAUCAUUAUCAAGUGAAUCAACGUUUAAUAAAGUACCUUUAACUUUACCUCGUGAUAGAUCUCAAAUUGCAUUUUUAUUAAUUAAUUAUGCUCAAUUUUUAGAUAGUGCAUUCCCAGAUUCUAUUAAACAAAGCUCAUUAGUGGCGGUUGAAUUCAAUUUAUUAUUAAGUCAAUAUUAUUUAUAUAUUAUGUGUCCUGUUAAAGCAUAUCGAUUUAUAUCGAUUGCAUGUCAUAAUAUGAUGUAUUUCUUAACCAUGAGAAAUAUCAAUAAUACUUAUUCAUCACCAUCAUUAGAUUCCAAUAAACGAGAAAUGAUUGAUCGAUUAUUUUGGACAUGUUUGAAAUUAGAAUGUGAAUUAAGAGUUGAAUUAUCUCCUUAUGUACCUUUAUCCGGUAUAACCCAAGUGAUUCCUCCUACUUCAUUUCCUAAGAUUCCUGAUCCAAUGACAUUGGAAAUAAGAGAAGCUCAUAGUGAAGCAUGUUUGAAAUUAGCUAAUAAACAUGAUGAUGAAAAGACAUGGUAUUAUUUUUUAACUGAAAUUGCAGUUCGAAAAGUUGAUAAUAAAAUGUUUGAUGAGAUUUAUUCAUUUGAAAAUACAUUAAAGAAAACUUGGGAUCAAGAAGCUUUUUCGAAUGAAUCAGUAUGGAUUUUAUUCAUCAAAUAUUUAAAUCAAUAUAAUGGGAUUAUAAAUUCUUUAAAUCCUCAAAUUCGUACUUUUGUAUUACAAGAAGUUAACGUGGAUCAAAUUCAUCGUAGAAUGAAAAAGAAAUAUGAAAAGAAACAUGCUAGAGUUGCUAUUGAAACUGAUAUUUUCGAUAGUUUAGAUGAUUUUUUAAUUGAUGAUGAUUUAUUAUUAAGAGCUCAAUCUGAAUCAAUUAUGUUUAUUAAAACGAGAAUUAUAAGUUCUAAAUUAUUAUUAUUCCGUCCUUUGGUUUAUUUAUUAUUAGAGGAUAAAAUCCCAUUUGUGGAAUUAUUAGAAGCAGCCAUGGCAGUGGUAAGUACAUUAAAUGCCAAUUCAUCAUUAAAUACUUUAAAUUCAGUGGAAUCACCCGAUUCAAUGGGAUCAAAUUCCAACCCAUUAACUGGUACGUCUGAUCCAUCUGAUAUUGAUAUGGAAUUGGAUUAUUUUAAUUUAGUCAAUGCUCCAUUAUUUUAUCAGAAACAACAUCCUGAUGAAGAUUUUUCUAAUAUCAUUGAAUAUAUUCCCGUUAAGAAUUCUUCAUCAGAUGAAAAUAAUCCUAAUAACAAUGGUAAUAAUACCGAUACUGAAGAAUCUCCGGAAGAUUCAUUUAGAUUGAAAAGUUUACCAUUAGCAAGAUCAAGAAUCCUUAGAAUCUUCAUUCAAAAUUUAAUAUCAAUUCCUAAAUUGAAUAUUCCUAAAUUAGGAUCUCAUAGACAUCCUGGAUCAUGGUAUUAUUUACGGAAUUUAUUUUCAGGAAAUGUGCUUCAAUUUUUAAUUUAUAAAAAGAUUCAUGAAAUGAUUCAACGAGCCAUGAUGGAUGAUAAUUUCAAGCUUUAUAUAAGUCAACUGCCUGAUAUUGGAUCUCCAAAUGAUAUUUUCAAUAUGCUUGAUAUAAUCUUAUCUCGAGAAGGAAUCGUGGCAGCGUUUGAACAUUCAUUGAUUAUAUUCAGUUAUUGGAAGGAUGAAUCCAAAGAUUGUCAAGUUUAUUAUGAUUACAUUAAGAAACUCUUAGAUAAAUUGUAA